UGAUUUGUUUUCGUACACAUAACCUAAAAUGACGUCCUUAUUACUUCCAGACAACGUUUUAAACCAACUAAUAUGCAACAAAUGCAACAAAUACUUGUCAGUUUUGCCUGUGAAAGUGUACCCCAACCGACAAACGCUGUGUGGAAGAUGCUGCGACGAAAAUGACAAUGGUGUCAAAUCCUUGUACGAAAAAUUAAUAACUACAACGUUGUUCAGGUGUGUAAACAGAUACGACGGAUGUCUACUGGCUAUUAAUGCCAGUCAGAUGAAGGAACACGAAGAGAAAUGCACAGGAAACACAUACAAAUGUGUCAUAUGUAACGAGUAUGAGGGAGUGUCGUUUGAUCUAAUAAACCACUACAAAAACGUACACAAAAAGGUUUUAAGCCACCCGAUAUUCUUUUUAAACCUCAAGGAGGACAAUGAGAGUAAUUUCAUGUAUAUAACACAAGAUUUUGUGUUUAUAAUAAUGGUUAAAGUUGACUUUGUUAAACAACAGAUACAUUUGUUCAAUAUUAACGUGGGCCCCAUUAGUAGGGCUGAAUCCAUCAAGCACAAGUUCCAUUUUUACAGCGAGGACAAGCUUUUGUACUCCACAGAUGUUAAAAAGUGUACAAACAUUGUUAAUAUUAACAAUGAAUUCAUUGUACCAUUCUCAAGUAUAUCGAACGAUGUAGACAGCAUUAACUGCAGACUGGACGUGAAUUUGUCGGAAAUUUACGGAGGGGUUGUUUGCGAAAACGGGGAGAGGUCUGAAAAGAAGGCUCCUAAAAGACCUGAGCCACCAAAAUUCCCAGCUACAGUUCCCAAAGAGCCUACAUUUAACUUCAGUCAAACUACUAGUUUUGGAGAAAAACCUAACAUUGAUUUUUUUAGUACGUUGCCGACUUUUAAAUUUAACGCUAAAAGUGUCAGCGCUGAUAAACAAAAGAAAUAGAAUUUUGCUUUUACUAAUAUUGUUAUAAUGUAUGUAUACAUAUAUUUUUGUGACCUAGUUUUUCUAUUAAUAUUUAAUGUUGGAAAAAUAAAUCUUC